AUGGCUAAUGCUCCAAUUUUAAGGGAGUUGGCUGCUCCAAACUUUAAUCAACAGUCAUUAUGCAUUACCUUUCCAAAUUUAGAUGAAGAAACUCCUUUUGAAUUAAAGUUUGGCCUAAUUCAACUUUUACCUUCUUUUCAUGAUUUUUCAGAUGAGGAGCCUUACAGGCACUUGCAGGAAUUUGAUGUAAGUAUGAAACCCCUGGAGAUUACUGAGGAGCAGAUAAAAAUGCGAGCAUUUCCCUUUUCCCUCAAGGACGCGGCAAAAGAUUGGUUCUACUAUCUGCCACCAAGUAGUAUAACAACUUGGGAACAGUUAAAGAAGAAAUGCCCCCAGCAGCAGAUUAGCGAGCAGCUCCUGAUUCAAUAUUUCUACGAAGGUUUGUUAUAUACAGAUAGAAGUCUUAUAGACACUGUUAGUGGAGGUGCUUUGAUGAAUAAGACCCCCCAAAAUGCUUGGAAAUUGAUAGAAAGAAUGGUAGAAAAUUCUCAACAAUUUGGCACAAGGGGGGAUGUCCAUACUCGUCGAGUAAAUGAGGUAAUUGUCUCAUCAAUUCAACAACAAAUAUCUGAAUUAACUUCAACUAUUCGACAGUUGGCUGUAGGGAAUUUGCAGCAGGCCAAAACAUGUGGUAUUUGUAAGGACAUGAGUCAUCUCACAGAUUGGUGUCCAGUGUUACAAGAUGAAGGAGUUGAACAAGUGACCAUGGCUAGCAACAUGCAGCAAGAUUUUCAACCGCAGUACCUCUCGAAAUCUCAAUCUCAUUCAUCAAAUGCUGACAUGUCUUUGGAGGAUACGAUCAAGACAUUGGUUGCCAACACCAUGCAACUCCAGCAAAAUGCCAUUCAAUACCAACAAAGGACGGGCAUGAGCAUAAGAAACGUAGAAAAUCAGUUGAGUCAGAUGGUCUCUACAAUACAUCGCUUGGAGUCUCAAGAGAAAGGAAGACUUCCAUCUCAGCCUGAAGUUAAUCCAAAGAACGUGAGUGCCAUAACCUUCAGAAGUGGAAAAGAAAUUAAAGGGCCUACGGUUCUGAAGGAUAAGAGUCAGGAUCAAAUUCAAAAAGAGAUAGAAGAUAAAAGGCAUGAAUGGGUAUCUACAAUAAACAAAUUGAUUUCUCCAAUUUAUGAAGAAUUGCCCUCACAGACCAUCAAUGAUCUUAAGGAAGAUGAGAAUGCAAUUAUUCUAACAAGUGACAUGGUACUGCAAGAGUCUCAAGAAAAAGGAUCUAAAGAUGCAGUUAAAAAGAAAGUUGAGUGCAAGAAAUGA